AUGUGCCAUAGAUCCUUUUCAAUCUCUUUCUUCUCAAUCUUCUUAUUAUGCAAUUUUCGUUUAAUAAUCUCAGAUGGAAAGACUUGUAGAAGGUAUUCCUACUCUAAUAGGCCUUCUCAAGAUUGCUCUUCUUGUGGCUUGACCAUCCCUCCGAAACUAUUUCAUUCUGUGAUAUCUUUGAAUUUAGCAAAUAAUUCUUUAAAUAUAAUCGACAACUUUCCUUCUACAUAUUCCACCUUGCUCUCACUACGCAUGGAUCAUUGCUCAAUCAGAAUAAUCAAACCAAAAGCGCUUGCUCAACUUCAAAGUUUAAAACAUUUGGAUUUAUCUCACAAUCAAUUGGAAAAUAUUCAAUUUUUCCGUUACGCUAGCUCGUUAACCACAUUAAAUCUGUCUCAUAACAAAUUACGAUAUUUGCCUGAUUUUUCCACUCUAACAGCUCUUCGGUUAUUAGAUUUGUCCUAUAAUAACUUACUGUCUGUUUCACCCCAACAUCUGCCAAUGAAUCUGGAGUCAUUACGUUUAACUGCAAAUUACAUAUCUCAUUUAACACAUUGGUCUUCAUUGCAGAAGUUACAGGAGCUUGACGUAUCCUUUAAUCCGCUGAUUUGUGAGUGUUCGCUAUGGAAAUUUGUAACAUGGGCUGAGCAGAUGGCUUUGUUUGACAGCACGACGUUACUAUGUCGCAAGCCUACAACACUGAGACGAAGUUCUUCUGGGGAGAUUUAUUGUGGACCAGCCAUACAAGACAGUAAGGAAAUCACUACCAAUGUAAUAUCUAUAGGCGAUCCUUUACAAUUGUGUUGUAUUGUCGCUUCUUCUCCGGCUCCAGUUGUGUUCUGGCAACAUGAACGAAAGAACAUUACGAAGGGAUUAACCACGUCACCUCUUCUGGAAACAGGGAGAACACGAUUUUGUCUGGACUUCGACAACAUGCAAGCCACGAAUUAUGGGGAAUAUCAUUGUAUAGCUAUCCUUGGAGACUUGCGAGAUGAAAAAAAAUUCUGCGUUGAACGAGAUAAGAUUCCUCUUGUAGUUAAUCCAACGGAACAACUAAUUUUUUAUGCCCAAUUCAGCAUAUGUGUAUUCUUAGGAGUGUUCUGUUUAACAUGUUGUUGUUGUCUAACUCGUUCGAAAACUCGAAACAAAAAGUCGAAAGCUAUAUCAACACAAAUGGAGUUUUUGGAUCAUCUUGAUUAUCUAGGAGAAUCAAAUGAUAAGAUGAAUGUUCAAGAAGAGAGUUUCGAAAGAUGUACGCGGAAUGUGAACAAAAGGUGGAUUCAGUUGAACGGCUGGCGAGACAAAGCUUGUAUUCACGCUCCUUUGGCCAAGUUUGAUUCCGAAGCGAAUAUUACCAUGAGUAUGAAUACAUGUGUAUGA